CCACCCGUCGCUUGCAGCUGCCCCUUUUCAUCUGGCCUCAUGGGGAGCCAGGCUUCCGGGGCCCCAGUCCCUCCUGUGUGAACUGGAGCUCGCUCUAUACCCAGACCUCGAGGCCCCUUCUCCAGGGGUCCGGUCCGAGCCCCGUGGAGGCUCUCGGAGCGCAGCUUGGCCCAGCCUACCCGCGCCGGAGGCCAUGGCGGGCACCCUGGACCUGGACAAGGGCUGCACGGUGGAGGAGCUGCUCCGUGGUUGCAUUGAAGCCUUCGAUGACUCCGGGAAGGUGCGGGACCCGCAGCUGGUGCGCAUGUUCCUCAUGAUGCACCCCUGGUACAUCCCUUCCUCUCAGCUGGCGGCAAAACUGCUGCACAUCUACCAACAAUCCCGGAAGGACAGCUCCAAUUCGCUUCAGGUGAAAACAUGCCAUCUGGUCAGGUACUGGAUUUCAGCAUUCCCAGCGGAGUUUGAUUUGAAUCCUGAGCUCGCUGAGCAGAUCAAGGAGCUGAAGGCUCUGCUAGACCAAGAAGGGAACCGCCGGCACAGCAGCCUCAUCGACAUCGAGAGCGUCCCCACCUACAAGUGGAAUCGGCAGGUGACCCAGAGGAACCCUGUGGAACAGAAAAAGCGCAAGAUGUCCCUGUUGUUUGACCACCUGGACCCCAUGGAGCUGGCAGCACAUCUCACCUACUUGGAAUAUUGCUCCUUUUGCAAGAUCCUGUUCCAGGACUAUCACAGUUUCGUGACUCACGGCUGCACCGUGGACAACCCUGUCCUGGAGCGAUUCAUCUCCCUCUUCAACAGUGUCUCGCAGUGGGUGCAGCUCAUGAUUCUCAGCAAGCCCACAGCCCCGCAGCGGGCCCUGGUCAUCACACACUUCGUCCACGUUGCAGAGAAACUCCUGGAGCUGCAGAAUUUCAACACGCUGAUGGCGGUGGUCGGGGGCCUGAGCCACAGCUCCAUCUCCCGCCUCAAGGAGACCCACAGCCACGUGAGCCCGGAGACCAUCAAGCUCUGGGAAGGUCUGACAGAACUAGUGACGGCCACUGGCAACUAUGGCAACUACCGGCGCCGGCUGGCAGCCUGCGUGGGUUUCCGCUUCCCCAUCUUGGGUGUGCACCUCAAGGACCUGGUGGCCCUGCAGCUGGCACUGCCUGACUGGCUGGACCCCACCCGGACCCGACUUAAUGGGGCCAAGAUGAAGCAGCUCUUCAGCAUCCUGGAGGAGCUGGCCAUGGUGACCAGCCUUCAGCCCCCAGUGCAAGCCAACCCCGACCUGCUGAGCCUGCUGACGGUGUCUCUGGAUCAGUAUCAGACAGAGGAUGAGCUCUACCAGCUGUCCCUGCAGCGGGAACCGCGCUCCAAGUCCUCGCCAACCAGCCCCACCAGCUGCACGCCGCCGCCCCGGCCCCCGGUGCUGGAGGAGUGGACCUCAGCGGCCAAACCCAAGCUGGAUCAGGCACUCAUGGUGGAGCACAUUGAGAAGAUGGUGGAGUCUGUGUUCCGGAAUUUCGAUGUCGAUGGGGACGGCCACAUCUCACAGGAGGAGUUCCAGAUCAUCCGUGGGAACUUUCCUUACCUCAGCGCCUUUGGAGACCUCGACCAGAACCAGGAUGGCUGCAUCAGCAAGGAGGAGAUGGUCUCCUACUUUCUGCGCUCCAGCUCUGUGCUGGGUGGCCGCAUGGGCUUCGUACACAACUUCCACGAGAGCAACUCCUUGCGCCCGGUCGCCUGCCGCCAUUGCAAGGCCCUGAUCCUGGGCAUCUACAAGCAGGGCCUCAAAUGCCGAGCCUGUGGUGUUAACUGCCACAAGCAGUGCAAGGAUCGCCUGUCAGUUGAGUGCCGGCGCCGGGCCCAGAGUGUGAGUCUGGAGGGGUCUGCACCCUCACCCUCACCCACACAUACCCACCAUCGCGCCUUCAGCUUCUCCCUGCCCCGCCCUGGCAGGCGAGGCUCCCGGCCUCCAGAGAUCCGAGAGGAGGACGUUCAGAUGGUGGAGGACGGCGUGUUUGACAUCCACUUGUAAUCGAUGCUGUGACUGGAUCAAGCACUCAUGCCUGCUUUGGAGAAAAGACUUGGACCAGAGCAGGGAGCCCGGGGUGCUGCGGCAGCAGGCUGGGGCUGGGGGGCGGGGUGUGAGGGUGGCAUGCGGCUGAGGGCAGGGCCAGGGCUGGUGUCCCUAAGGUUGUACAGAUUCUUGUGAAUAUUUGUAUUUUCCAGAUGGAAUAAAGGCCCAAGUAAUUAA